AUGGCGGCUUCUCACCAGUCAUUCGUAGAGUGCCUGGUCUUUGUCGAGUUUGCUUUCCGAGCUAGUGACAUAUUAUGCCGCCGAGAUGACGACUGGAAUGUUUCUCCGAACCGCCGUCAGUUGCUGGAUCGGGAAAACCCUAUGGAGCUUUAUUCGGACGUAGAGUUUCUGCAGCGAUUCCGGUUCACGAAGAACGUCGUGCUCUCCAUACUGAGCCAGUUGACCCUCCCAGACGUUACGGACAACAGAGGUCACCCCCUGCCUCCAAUGCUGAAACUGCUGGUGACUCUUCGGUUUCACGGUGCUGGGGCAUUUCAGACCGUUAUCAGUGAUCUCGUCAAAAUAUCGCAGCCAGCUACAUGUAAUGCAAUUUGGGCAGUGACGAGGAGCAUCGCUUCGGAGCUUUACCCAAAAUACGUGAAAUUCCCUUCUGCGUCCGAAGCACCGUCAGUUAUGGCUCGAUUUCACUCCAUCGCCGGAUUUCAACGGGUGACAGGCUGUAUUGACUGCACUCACGUACCCAUAAACAGCCCUGGAAGAAGUGACGCUCAGGUUUACAGAAAUAGGAAAGGCGUGUUCUCCAUCAACGUGCAGGUAUAACACGAGUCACAUAAAAACACGCAACUCCGUGGAAAGAGCGUUCGGAGUUUGGAACAGGAGGUUCCCGUGUCUCCCGUAUGAAGUUGCAAAACAAGAUAGGAGAGAUCUGCUGCUAUCGUCUGCGCUUGCGCAGCGCUCCACAACGUCGCCUGCGCGCUGAAUGACCCAUGCCCGGAUGAUGGAACAGAUGCAUCGGAAGACGACUUCGGUGUUCCUGCUAAUCGCGGCGAUAGCCUCUUGGGAGCGCAGAUACGACGUACACUUAUACAGACCGAUUUUUCUGGUGUACGCCAGAGCAAUCUGGAUAUUGCUUGAUCACACCAUGCUGACAUAAAACUUUAUUUU